GCCGACUACGAAGAAUUUAAGCAAAUUGCACAACAAUAUUUUUUGCUAAAGAUACUUGAACAUUUUUAUCGGGCUUGUCAGUCGAUGACAGAAAAUCUCAUAACGGCAACAUUUUAAUCACUUUAAUGGUUCUGCAGUAUUUAUGUACGGAAUACAAAUGACUUAGAAUACAAUUGUGUUCUCGACCCAGAACUGAUAGUAGUGAAAAUAGAUACGUAAUUGAUAUCCGCCAUUGCGGCCUGCUGUAAAGAGGAAUAUAGAAACAUGUCCUCUUUGGUUACCCCACGGAAAAGGAAACGCAAUUUUGUUGAAUCAGAGAGCUACAUGGAAGGCAAUCCAACGAAGAAGCUAUUGAAAGAUUUUGCAUUUCCUCAUAGGAAAAAAAAAUCUGCUUCAAUAAGAAAAAAAGCGUCAAAACUUUCCCAUGCAGAAAAGGAAAACUAUCCAUCCCUAUGCCAAAUGGCUCUCCCAGACUAUCCAAUUUCGUCUUAUGCCCACUCUGUCUUGACUUCUAGUAACCUAUAUAAAUUUCCUUCUGCUGGCUCUGACAAAGACGAUUUAAAAGAGUCUGUAAAUACCAGCUCUUUUUACAGUAAAAAAUCAAAACAAUAUUUAACCCCUCUUGACAGAAAGCAUCUUAACAAAACUAAGUCCAUGUCAAGUGGAGAAGGUGUGGAGGAAAGCAGAAUUCCUAAUGCCAAUAAACCAAACAAAACAAAGAAAGCUAAAAGGACAAGCAACAGAGUUUCUCAAGGUUUGAAAUCACAAAAGCCUAAAUGUUAUAAAUUAUCUUGCCCAGUUCAGCAGAAGAACAUAUUAGAACAGGAUACAUCAAAACAAUAUUUGCCACCAGGUAAUAAUCAAAAUGAAGUUCAGCUAAAGACAUUUUCUAAAUUAACCUUUAGUGGUUUGAGUGCUAAGCCUAAGCCCAAGCUUCUAGUGGGAGCUGCCUUUUUUGCAACUGGAAAGAAUGCUCGUUUUAUGUAUAAAAAACCUGUGCAGAAAACCUUCAAACCAAAUUUAGGUAACAAUAAAAAUGCUGAAAAAAGUAAUCUAAACCAGUCCUUCAGUUAUCUGAGAAAUAAUGAGAAUGAACAACAGCAAAAUCAACAGCUACAGUUUCUUCAGAAGCAGAAAGAAAGACUAGAUGUAAAGGCUGAAAAUGGAGCAAAGAAGGGGCAUCUUGACUGUGUAACAAAAAAUAUCAAAAACCAUGAAAUAAGUGGACAAAACGUUGUAGAUAAAAGUAGCUUGUCAGAUGAACAUGUGCAGCAUGGGAAGACCCUACAAUUGGAGAAGGAAUCGGAUGUAUUAUCAAAAUGUUCUGUCACCCAGCAGCUGAGGAUAGUCCUAAAGAAGCUUGAUGAAGAAUGCCUGUCUAGUUCAAGGAAAGAGAGUGAAAUUAAGGAUAAUGAAGGCAUUAUGACACGAGAGUCUGACAUAGAGUUUCAUAAAGUAUCACCACAAGCAGCAUCUGUUUAUCCAAUUUUCAGCACUCCGUCAUCAGUUCAGAAAAGGAAAUGUCAGCCAGGCAUUUUGGCUUCACCUGUAUUGAACAGCACAACUCCUUUUCCCAAGAGCUCUUUGCUGAAACCAGUAAAACAAACAAAAGCCAAGAAAAAGAAAGAUGGGGAACUAGAACCCUCUGAUCAACUUGUCAUCGAUGCAGGCCAGAAGAAUUUCGGUGCUACUAUGUGCAGUUCUUGUGGUAUGGUGUAUACUACUGGCAGUACAGAGGAUGAACUGCAGCACACCCAGUAUCAUCAGAGUAUUCUGGAUAGAAUUAAAUUUGUGGGCUGGAAGAAGGAAAGAGUUGUUGCUCAGUACUGGGAUGGAAAAAUAAUUCAAGUCCUGCCUGAUGACCCAAAGUAUGCUGUUAAAAAGGCUGAUGAAAUAAGAACACUUGCUGAUGAAGAACUUGGGUUCAAACAAGCAACACUCAGUUGCCCUAGCAAAAGCAUGACGUACUUGUUUGUGAGUAAUGAGAAGACCAUUAUAGGAUGUCUUGUUGCAGAGCAGAUCAGACAGGCAUUUAGAGUUUUAAAUCAACCUGCUGAUGCAAAUGGUUCCAAGGCAAAUGACAUCCAGGAGCCUCUUCGAGCCUGGUGUUGCUCAACAAAGCCAGUAAAUGCCAUCUGUGGAAUAAGUAGGAUUUGGGUGUUUGGUCUGAUGAGACGGAAAGGUAUUGCUACCCGCAUGGUAAAUACACUCAGAAAUACAUUUAUAUAUGGAUGCCAGUUAAGUACAGAAGAAAUUGCCUUUUCAGACCCAACACCAGAUGGCAAGCUUUUUGCUACAAAGUACUGUGAAACACCUGAAUUUCUAGUUUAUAACUUUCUUAGUUAGAAUGUAUGUGCUAACAUUUGUUGCCCCAGAGAUGCAUUUUCAAUAAUCCUUGUAUUAUUUCAAUAGUGUUACAAAACUGAUGUAGAACUCCUUAAUGGCGUUCUUGUCCUGAACUUAGUUAUCUGUUAACUUGUAUUUCAGACAUUUUCAGUCUAGACAGUUAUGUUCCAUUGAUAAUGGAAGAUAAAACAUUAGUAUAAUCUUUAUAAGAGAAAUUUUACUAAAGUGAAAAAUGAUUGAUAUACAUGACAGCCCAUACAUUGUAUGUAAUUAACUAUUGCAGAUUUAACUUUAAGUUCUGCUUAUAUUGUGCAUUUGUAAAUUAUUCCAGUGUUAAUUGAUUGUACAGAUUGCUCAAGUGGUUGAGGUCUUUGGUGGUUUUAUUGCAGUUUUCAAAAUGUUUUAAUAAAAAGUUAUAAUGGAUAUUUUUAAACAAAUAUACAUUUAAGUUUAAUUGAAAUAUAAACUUAUAAAGGCUUUAUGGGUUACAAUUAUUUGUUAAUAAUGACAUACUUUGGUUUCACGUAAAACCCUGAAGUUUGAAAUUAUACCAUACAUUUAUCAUUAAUAUUUAAAAAAAAAAAACAUUUUAGUAGUUCUGACAGAUUCUGGUUCAGAUAAAAAUUUUACGCAGAUCCUCCUCCCUCUGCUGUUUGUUACCAUCGGUGAUCAUUUCUGUGCGUAGUAUUAUUUUUGUACUUAACACCUCCUGUAUGCAGUAAAUGCCACAAGGGGGAAUAGUAAUCAAUUCUCCCGUCAGGAGCCCCCAGUCAGCAAUCUAAUAAUAAAUUCAGACAUAUUAAUGAAACGGAUACGUCUUCCAAAUGAUAAAACUUUUGUAAACAUUGUGCUUAGAGGGGCAUUCCGUUAUGAAAACUGAUACUCCAGGUCUUCAUAGAUUUAAGCUGUUUAUCAAGCAAAAGUAGUUUCACCUGGUUUUGGCGGGUCAUAUCAUUAAAACUUUGUAUGGAUCUUUAGAAAUACGUUUUUGUUCCAAACUGUAUGCCUGCCAAAUAAAAAGUAUGUUUGCUUUGUGA